CUCAAACCAAACAUUAGAGAAAGCAGGCUAAAGCCAUAUAAUUUCACUAGGGUAAAAGUAUACUCUUAUUUGAAUAAACUAUUUUGUGCAACAAGCAGCAUUUUAAGCUUCUCCGGAGGAUUUUUGCAGUAAAUUACAUUUCAUCAAGUACUCAUAUUCUGAACUAGAUACUUCUUAUAUGGUGACUAUGGAUUUUAAGGGAAGCACCAUCUGACACUUUUUAAAGCUUGCUGCAUAUUCAUUGGCUGAAAACUACCAAAUAAUUUUGAGGAUAUCAGAUCAGAACUUGAAUAUGGGAAUCCUGGGUCAACUGUUAACUAUCACUCUCCUCUUUGAAGUCUCAGUGUUCUGCCAAUAUGACUAUGAGGAUGACUAUGAUAAUGAAAUGGAUAAUGAAUAUCCAUCCAUUUUUCAUCAUAUUCCUAGCAUAGAAUACGCCAUUCCUUAUCCCAGCACACCUGCUCAGUGUGCCAAAGAAUGCUUUUGCCCACCAACUUUCCCACUAACAAUGUACUGUGAUAAUCGUAAACUUCAGACUAUACCAAGAAUUCCCAGUCACAUCCAACAACUCUAUCUACAGAAUAACGACAUUGAAGCUGUGCCUGUGGAAUCCUUUGUUAAUGCUACUGCCCUGAAAGAAAUUAACCUCAGCCACAACAAAAUUAAGUCUCACAUGAUUGACACAGGUGUCUUUGGCAAGCUUUCAAAUCUAGCACAACUCCAUUUAGAACACAAUCUGCUGGAAGAAAUUCCAUCCCCUCUACCUAGAAGCUUAGAACGAUUGCUCCUGGGUUUCAAUCAGAUUUCCAGGUUGCCCAGUAAAGACCUAGAAGGUUUAAUAAACGUGACUAUGCUUGACCUCUGCAAUAACCACCUUGAAGAUUCUCAACUGAAACAAACACAUUUUUCAAAGAUGAAAAACCUAAUGCAGAUCAACCUCUGCAGCAACAGACUUCAAUCAAUGCCUCCAGAUCUACCAUUUUCACUUAUGCAUCUUUCCCUUGAAAAUAAUUCAAUUUCUCUCAUUCCAGAUAAUUAUUUCCAGAAACUUCCAAAGCUUACUGCUCUAAGAAUGACACACAACAAUCUGCAUGAAGUUCCUUAUAAUGCUUUUAACCUUUCUAAUCUUGUGGAACUCAAUCUUGGGCACAAUAAACUGAAGCAAGUAUUCUACAUUCCAAGAACCCUGCAGCAUUUGUACAUAGAAGACAAUGACAUGGAAGUAAUCAAUGUUACCUUAAUGUGCCCUACUAUUGAUCCACUGAACCUCAAUCACUUAACCUACUUACGAGUGGAACACAACAAGCUCACCACUCCGAUAAGUACAUAUGCCUUCUUCUGCUUUCCACAUAUACGCAGUAUUUAUUAUGGUGAACAAAAAAUUGGUGCCAACCAGCAAACACAGCUGAGAACGCCAGUGUUCCAAAGAUAUUUAACACCAGAAGAGUAUGAAGAAGCAGAAGAUCACGAAGAACAAGAUCAUGAUCAUAAUCAAAGGGAAAGGGAUGAUGAUUACUUUGACCCUUAUGUAUAUUAAGAGGUUAUAAGGUAUGCCAUAUAUAGUACAAGUUAAAAGCACGGUCACAAUCCUAGGGAGGCCAGUGUAAAAGUCAUCACUGAUGUAAAAGGAUCUGGACUGGAAUUUAAGAAAAUGUUAGGAUUCCAUUAUGAGAACCAGCUACAAUCAAAUAAUUAAAAGUCCACAAUUACAACAGGUUUGGCCAGAAUUCAAAUUUUGCUGAAUUAUAAUUAACAUUUUUUGUUGUUGUUUUGAACCAGGAUCUGUUGCAAAUGGAAGAGGCUUUUCUGGGGUUUGCUGGUGGCUCAUCCACGAAGUGCUAAACCAUAGACUUUCACAAUGGUUUAGCAUGACAUGUGAACCAACCCAGCAUUCCCUCUUUGUACAUAACUUUGUAACAGACAAGUAAUUAUGCAAACCUGAUGCUUGUCAGCAACACACAUAGAUUUAAUUAUAUAAGCACCUAGAUUAUAACUAUGUAAUGUUUAGUUAGCUAUAUAUCUAAGCAUUUACAAAUAAAUGUACAAUAUACUUUAAAAUGUAACAGAUCUCUUCUAGCAGAUUAUCUAAAUAAAGUUAUCAGUAAAAACA